UUUUAAGAUGUUUAUAAAGAAGAAAUAAAACAUUACGGCCCUGUUUAAUGUAUUAUGCAACUUGUCAAGGUCCACCGCGAUCAUAAAAUUAACAUAUUUUUUUUCUAAACCUAACCGUGUUUAACAAAGCGUAAAGUUUUGAGGGUAUUUAUUAUUUCUGAUGAAAUACACACUGGAUGUUUACGUUCAACAGACACAAUGUUGAAUUGCUUUAUCUUGGCAAGUUUGUAUCAACUUUACACUUGUCAAAUACUGUACCAGCCCUUUGUAGCCAACAACGCCAUUUUAGACAAGGGAAUAGAAUCAGAACUGCAUUUGGUAUUAAACAGUUGUGAAGAAAAUCUUCAGAGUGAAAACAGAGAGUCCAGAGAAUUGUCGAGGAAUGCCAAACAAUUGACCAACCAGAUGGAAACAACAAAAAUGGCCCUCAUGGCCCUACAACAACAAUACAACGUUACUGAUUCAAAUGUGGUUGAAAUUUGCAAGAUUCACCCAACUCUGAUCCUCCCCUAUCCAUAUGAAUGCCAACAAUACUACAACUGUUCAAUGUUGGAAGACUCCGCGCUGGCCAAGAAAUUUUGCUUUCCUCGAUGGCAUUUAACAGAAUGCAUCUACCCUGAUCUAUUUUCAGCAGAAACCCUGAAAUGUGAAAAUUUCACAACAGUUACAUGUGGAUCUCGACAUGAGCAUAAAUGGUUGUGUGACUACACGAGAUCACGUCCUACUUGUGGUCCUCAUCGCGGACCAACUUGUGCUGAUUACAAUCCAACAUGCGUUGGUGACCCGGACGGAAUACAGCAAGACAACAGAGGAGACCCUUUCUACAAGAUCUGUUUCAAAGAGCGAGUAAUCGAGUCGGGAAGGUGUCCAUAUAAUGAUUCAUGGAAAACACAAUCGUUUCUGUACAACGGGCAAUGUAUUCCUGCAUAUGAGAUUCCAGAAAACGAACACCAAAAUGGCAGACUUCCAUCUUGUGUUGGAAAGAGUGACGGAAGCUAUCAGUAUUUAGAUGCAGGUCAUAAAUGUGAUGCAUAUUACACGUGCAACAACGGAACAGCGCGGGGUAUUAAGUGUCCAGGUGUCCAGCUCUUUGAUAUCAACGUCGGUAGUUGUCGUGAAGGCGCAAAUUGUGUAUAAAUAUAUGGUUAUCAUAAAACAUUAAUUCGCUCCCGUCUUUUAUUUAAGUCGUAUAAAACUUAAUAUUAAGUAUUAUGUUACAAAUGUACAUGAAUUAUAUACUUUCAACAAAAGUGCUUAUUACAUCCAUUCGGCGUGAACUAUCUAAAGCAAAAUGAACUGUCCUUAGUAUUAUAAUAAUACUUAUAAUUUAAGGCAUUCCGUCAAUAAACAACGAAACGUCUGCACAACAAUAAUUGCUUAUAACUUUAGUAUUUCAACACGUAUGAUAUGAUUUCACCUCGACAUUGAAAUUACAGUAGAUACAUAAUGAUUAAAGCACAGUCAAUGAGCUAUGCUAUUGUUGAUUUAAAGCCCCCUCUAGAUUCACAAAUCUAAAUUGAGACAGCACUCCAGCACAAUUCCAAUACACCACUGUGCCUUCCUAUUGUUAUUUAAUUGAUUCAGAAAUUUCAAUCAAUGUUUUAGAAACCUGCUUCUGUGUUUUUCGGUGGGUACAGCGCUACCUCUCUAAUCUUUUUAAAGGAUAAGCUUGUUGGUUAGCAAACCGGGUGUACAUUUCCGUUUCACCGGAUGUAAAUAAAAGGUGAUUUCACAAUGCGAUUUUGGGUUUAAACAAUUGCAAGUGCACAUAUAGAUUUUUGCGCAAACUUCUGUAACAUUCAAUAAAGUCGAUGAAUAAAUAAUUUGUCAAAAUCCUUUUAUCUUAACAUUCUAUAAGUACGAAAAAGUGAUUUUCAGCAGAGCUUCAAUUAAAAUGUGUUGCAAAGCAGUCUGGUAAAACAAUACAAUUACAAAACUUUUAUAACAUAGGAAAUAGCUAUAGAGUCGUUAUCCAGGUUCAAUCAAGGGUGUAC